AUGUAAUAAUCUUUCAAUGCUCCAUAAUAAACAUAGCACUUCUCACAUGUAUAAAUCAAAUCCAACUAUUUAGUUUUCUAGAAAAUAAAGUGACAAAUUAAAAUACUAACCAUAACUUGAUUAACUUAAAUCAUUCUUAAAAGAUAACAGAAUAUCUUAAAUAAAAUAGAAAUCUCGAAUUUCAACUAGUAAAUAACUCACUACCUUAUAAAAAAUUUAAGUAGAACCUGAACUUAGAAUAGAUGAAUUGAAAGAGCAUAAAUGGCAAAUACUUUCAUAAAAUUGUCAAUAUCUAUUGGAACUUAGUCGAUAGAUUCUUGAUAAACCUAAUUAGUAUCAAAUUUAUUUUAUUAAUAGUGAAUAAUUGUAUAGAUCUUCAUCUAACCCAAGAUUAAAUGGUUUAAUUCUUGAAAAUGAUGAAGAUAUUAAACUUAGUAAUAAUUCAAAGUAAAAUGUUAACAAUUCAUAAUUAAAUCCUAUUUAAAUUAAGUUAGCUUAAAUUUAAAAUUCCAAAAAAAGAUCCAAAAAUAAAUCUUUUAUUAACAAUAACUUAAAUUUUGUAAAAGUUGAAAAACCUUCUCUCAAAAAACAUUAAAGUUUACAUGUCUCACCAACCUGUUCAUCCUUUCAUAUUUCUCAAACUUCGAAACCAACAACAAAAUUAUAUUUUGCAAAGUUAAAUUAAGUUUCCUCUAGUGCAUAUAACUUAUAACUUAGUUUAAAAAAAUAAUAAUUUGAUGAAAUCAAAUCAACUAAUUAAAAAGUAUUUUGUAUAAGAUCUGAUUUCGAUAAAUUCUCUAAAAUACUAAAUGAAUCUGAACAGGAUUGA